UUUUCCAAAUUUGCGUCUUUAUAAUCAACAAAAAUUAAAUUACCGAUCCACCUCAUGUCUUUUUCUGGGUUAUAGUUCAGUCCACAAAGGGUACAAGUGCUUGGACUUAAACACCAAUAGGCUCUAUUUCUCCCAUGAUGUUAUCUUUCAUGAAGAAACAUUUCCAUAUUCAACCCAUUGGCCCGUUACAGUUGCUCACUCUAAUUUGGAGCAUACUCAAAACACAUCACACGUCCAAUUGCCCAUUUUGAACCCAUUACCCUCCAAUUACACAUCAUCGUGAUCUGGAUUAUCACUUUUUAAAGGUGUUUGAUUGUGAAUAUUUUCCAAAUUUGCGUCUUUAUAAUCAACAAAAAUUAAAUUACCGAUCCACCUCAUGUCUUUUUCUGGGUUAUAGUUCAGUCCACAAAGGGUACAAGUGCUUGGACUUAAACACCAAUAGGCUCUAUUUCUCCCAUGAUGUUAUCUUUCAUGAAGAAACAUUUCCAUAUUCAACCCAUUGGCCCGUUACAGUUGCUCACUCUAAUUUGGAGCAUACUCAAAACACAUCACACGUCCAAUUGCCCAUUUUGAACCCAUUACCCUCCAUUCUCAACUCAGGCCCCAACCCAUUACCCUUCUCAUCUCAAAACCCCAUCAUCUGCAUCUUUCCCAAUUCCCCUUUCUUCUCCCCGAUCCCAAAUCCCUAAUUCCCCUUCUCCAGCUACAUCUGCUCCUCCUAUCCUCACUCCACUUCAUUCCCCAAUCAUCACACGAGCACACACAAACUCCUCUAGGCCUUGUAUUCGAAUGGACGGUACAGUUCCCUAUCCCUCUCGGAAAUGUCUCGCUACCACGGUGACACCUUCUGAAACACCUACCAGCUAUUCUGCAGCCUCCAAACACUCAGAAUGGCGUGACGCCAUGAACCAAGAGUACCAAGCCUUACUUCAAAAUCAUACCUGGACCGUAGUCCCUCCUAAUCCUUCCUCUAAUGUCCUUGGUUGUAGGUGGGUAUACCGAACAAAGCUCCAUGCCGAUGGGUCUAUCAAAAGAAGGAAGGUGUGGCUUGUAGCCAAGGGUUAUCAUCAGCAGCCUGACCUAGAUUUGCACGAGACCUUUAGUCCAGUGGUCAAGGCUCUUACAAUCCGGCUGAUUUUAUCACUUGCUGUUGCUCGUGGGUGGCCCCUAUGCCAGAUUGACAUCCAGAAUGCAUUCCUCCAUGGAACACUCACUGAUCAGAAGGUACAAAAGGCACUUUUGCAAUCAGAUGUCCAAGCAAAAUCAGAUAAAAGUCCUGUCACAGUGGCCGAUUAUGGUUCACAAGCUCUGGUUAGUUUUGUGCUGGAGAGGGAACUUCCAUCUGAUUCAUUCUCCUUAGUAGCUGAGGAGGAUUCGGGAGAUCUUCGCAAGGAAAGCGGCCAGGAAACUCUACAGCGCAUUACAAAACUUGUGAACGAUACUAUUGUCAAUGAUGGAUCAUUUAGUGUUCCUACAUUAACCAUGGAAGACAUGCUCAGGGCCAUCGACAGUGGCAAAUCUGAUGGUGGUUCUCAUGGUCGGCACUGGGUUUUGGAUCCAAUUGAUGGUACUAAAGGCUUAUACUUUGCGAGAUGGCAUAAUAGAUUUGUAAGGGGAGACCAAUAUGCUAUUGCGCUGGCGUUGCUAGAUGAAGGGAAAGUAGUAUUGGGCGUUCUGGCUUGUCCAAAUCUUCCUUUAGCAUCCAUUGGUGGUAAUAGACUGCACUCCUCGCAUGAUGAAGUUGGUUGCCUUUUCUUUGCCAAAGUUGGUGCAGGAACAUAUAUGCAGUCACUGGAUGGUUCUUCACCAAUAAAGGUGAAUGUCAGUACUACUGACAAUUCAGAGGAAGCUUCGUUCUUUGAAUCCUUUGAAGCAGCACACUCCUCGCAUGACUUGUCUAGCUCCAUUGCAAAAAAACUCGGUGUCAAAGCACCACCAGUUAGAAUUGAUAGCCAGGCUAAGUAUGGGGCACUGUCCAGAGGAGAUGGAGCCAUAUAUCUGAGAUUUCCUCGUAAAGGAUACCGUGAGAAAAUCUGGGAUCAUGCUGCUGGGUGCAUUGUUGUGACUGAAGCUGGGGGUGUGGUGGCAGAUGCUGCAGGGAACCCUCUGGAUUUUUCCAAAGGGAAAUACCUUGAUCUUGACACAGGCAUACUUGCUACCAAUGAGAAAUUGAUGCCAUUACUCUUGAAGGCAGUUAGAGAAUCCCUGGAGGAGAUACCUUCAGCCUUGUGAUUACUUUUGGCCGCAUGAUUCGGUUAUCUCCUAUGCUGAUUUUUUUAACUAUUGCAAUAAUCUAUGCCUUUAUCCUAUCAAAAAUGUAAAAAUUCUCCGAUAUGAUGUAAUCGAGUAUUUGAUCAGAUCCUCGAUGAGUUCGAGAAUGCUUAGAUCCAGCCACAAGAAUAAGACUUCUAUAUCAUAUGUUUUUCAUACUUUUGCCAAUAAAGGUGUGAUGCUCGUAACCCUUUGUGAUAAAU